UGUGUGUGUGUGCUUGUAUUGUUAUAGGCUUCGUUAGACGUGGCGCACAUAAAGCGGAUGGCAGUUAAAAACGCGUUGAACAUCGAGGCGCUGUUGCCCGGGCACAGGCGCUGAGAGCAGACACCAACAAUAACUGGAGCAUGUUCGACGGGGACGGUACUAUCAAUGAUUGUUAUGCAAUGGCCAAAUCGAUAACAGCAGCAACAACAACAACAGCUACAACAACAACAAUUACUGCGAUACACACACGCAAAGGCACAACGACAAUCACAUUUGUGUUGCUCUUAAUUUUAUGCUGUCUAUGUGAUUACAAUUAUGGCAGCUGGGCCUCGCAGUGCUGGAAGAAGCACAACUCGGGCUCGAUACAGACGCCGGAUGGUGAAUUCAAGCGCCCGUUUGGCAUACUCUGCACAUAUCGCUGUUUCCUCUGGUUUCCGCCAAUCUAUCCGUAUUGCGAGUUCAUCUUUGAUUUGCGUUUAUCGAGGCACUUCACAUCGUUUCCGGACUGCUAUGAGAUACGCUGUAAUGAGACGUUUACGUUCUUUGGCAGCGAGCCCAACUAUUGAUCGUCAGCAUGGUUCCUUUUGCUGCACAACUAUCGAUAACGCUAUCGAUGGUCGUAAAAUUGCAUUACAUAUGCAUAUGAGUGGGUAAAAAUUGGAUAUAAGCAGUAUUCCAGCUAUGCUAUUAAUACAUGUAUCGAUUAAUUACCAUGUUGGUGUUAUCGAUAAUUA